UGAAAACUCACAACCCAUAAAACAAAUUCAAAUAGCACUUGAUAUCCUGACUCAGUGUAGUUUCUAGUAUUACCAACCUCACCCAUUUUAUUUAUUAGGUAAAUGCAAUCUCAUAUGACAAUUCCACAGAGCCUUGAGCAGUUUUUACUCAUAAAGCAGAGAUUGGGCACAUAUGGUUGUAUUUAAUUUACAAAGGACUACUGCACUGGGUCUUCUGGCAGCUGGUUAUGUCACUUCCGGGUGGACAAAUAUGGCGGCGGGAGCCGGGCGGAAGUAGUCGGGGAGAAACGCUGACUGGGCGGAUGUUGCCAUUGCACCGGGUUCAUUGAGCGUGGUUAUAAAAUCAAUCAUGGCCGCCCGUUCUGGCCCUCGGGCAACCGGUUCAGAUGGAAGCGACUUUCAACAUCGAGAGAAAGUAGCCAGCCACUAUAAAAUGAGCGCUUCUUUAAAGAAUAAAAUCAAGAAGCUGAUAUACGCCCACUUGGUUAUCUGGCUGCUGAUUGCCGCCCAGAUGUGUGUGUCUCAUUUUAAGUUGGUCUCCAAAGAUUUGGUAGCCAUGCCAUACCAAUGGGAGUACCCGUACCUUCUGAGCAUCAUCCCGUCGCUCUUUGGUCUCUUCUCAUUCCCACGUAACAACAUCAGUUAUCUGGUGAUCUCCAUGAUUAGUAUGGGACUCUUCUCCAUUGCCCCCCUCAUCUACGGCACCUUGGAGAUGUUCCCUAUGGCACAGCAGCUAUACCGCCAUGGCAAGGCCUACCGCUUCAUCUUCGGCUUCUCCGCCAUCUCUGUUAUGUACUUGCUCAUGGUGGUAGCCGUGCAGGUCCAUGGCUGGCAGAUCUACUACAGUAAGAAGCUGUUGGACUCUUGGUUCACAAAUACUCAGGAGAAGAAGAAGAAAUAACAAAACCAAGUGACUCUCUUGAGGGCCAAAGUACAAGGACAUUGCAGAGGUGCAUGGCAAGACAACUCUAAGGGGCAGAUUUAUCAAAGGUCGAAUUUCGAGUUUUUGCAAAUUUUUUUUACUCUAAUAAAUUCGAAUGUACUCACAACUCGAAUGUGAGUAUAUUUAAAGAAGAA